ACCUUGCAGUCAGCAACCAAUGCAUCCCCAACCCCCCUAUGCACAGACAAAGCGCUACAAAACGUCAGUCAACACCCGUCAGCCGGCCAGCUCUUCACGUCAGGCCCAGCGAGACGAACGCGUCGUCAUCCAUGUACCCCAGCUGCUGCCAAUGAAACUGGCAGUCGGCGUCGCCGAGGUGGGUGUUGAAGUCCUUCUCCACACCAGUUACGCCGUGUCGGUCCGCCUCAUCCAACCGUGCCCUGUGGACCACUUCGCGCAGCCCCAGCAGCCGGUGCUGCCCAUCGUGCUGCCGCCUCACGGCGAAACACUGCAGCGGCACUCUGACCGUCCUGCCGCCCACAUUGGCCACCACGCCCACCACCUCCUGAUUGCUGUUGGCCCUCAGUGCGGAACGAACGAAAUGCUCCGCUGCCGCAUGCACACGAUCCGCCAUGUCGGUGUGCCGCAAGCCGAUGCCCUCUCUGAUAGCCCUCAUGGCGUUGUCCAUGUCGAAGAGGUAUGAUGCAAUACGCCAGGCAAAGACAUCCAAUGGGCGGACGGCGAGCAAAGGGGUGAGCAAGGCAGCGAGUGACCGUUGGGGGCCGAGGGCCCGGUUGACAGCUGCCAUGGUCACAUUCCGUAGCUCGUUGAGCACCGCAGUGUACUCGGUCAGAAUCAGCUGCCGCUUGUGGCGCUCAACGAGGCUGGCUGUAGGCAUUAGGCUGAUGUCGGCGCCCGCUUUCAGUAAUGAAUGGAUAGUCGUCUUGAUCAUGGAACUUCGCUGAUCAUCCUCUAGAUGCAAGUUGGCUGCCUGGAGUUGCUGGGACCGUUGGACGAGCGCGUCGGCAGCACAGACGAGGGGUGGGUCAGCAAAGAUGGGCGUACCGUUGAUGCUGCCGGUCUGUGCUCGACUGUUGAUCUCGGCAGCGGGCAGCUUGCGACACAGGUAGUCGGCCACAAUGGGAGAGCCAAACUCGAUCGCCCGGUCUAGUGGCUUUUGCCGGAGUUGGUCAUAUGCUGCGAUAUCGGCGCCGUGCUGGGUGAUGAGGUCAAGGUAGCUGUUGAUAAAGGACGAUGCACAGUGCCCCUGUGCGUACUGGGCUGCCAUGUGCACUAAGUUGCCCAACAUGCUAUCCCCGUCUUGUUCGGUUGCGAGUGUGGCGUCAUAAUGGACGAGGGUGCGAUACAUGCUCAGCAGAACCUCCUGAUACUCGGGGAGAAGGGGACGCAGCAUACGAGGCAGCUCCAACACAACGAACAUGUCGACCCGGAUGCUACUCUGUCGCAUCAGCAGCUCGAAUGCCGGCUGGUUGAUCGAUGCGAUGGCCACUCGGAGGGGCCUCCGCCGAAAAGUGUGUGGCCAUUCGGAUGGGAUAUCCGGAUGUUGAUAGCGCGGGAUGCCCCAAGAUAAACGGCUGCCUCCCGUCAGAUCCGCCCCUCCGUCGAUUACUGCGGUGAUCAUGCCUUCCUCCAGACCGUCGGGCCACAGCGGCAAAGCGACGGGACAGCCACGGUAGUUAUCAUGGGUUUGUGCCUGGACGGUCGGGAUAGUGUGGUCUGACUUGUUGUCGAUCACGAGAGACAGCAACGGGUAUAUGAUGCCCUCUGUGCUGCUGGUGCUGCUGCCCUUCUUCCGCAGCCGAAUCAUGACACAAGGGUCGGCGCCCUCCUGCUCGUGGCGGAUGAGGUCGGUUGCUUCCUGGACGUCGGUGAUGGUGCGACUAAUGAGGCCCACGGCUAGCUGCUUAGUGGCGUCGUUGGUGCCCUCGGGGAAUCGAGCCUCAAUGUCGUCAGCUCCCAGCCAGCCCUCAGGCACAGCAACUGCAGUGGCCGAGGGAGGAAUCGCCACGCCUGCAGCGCAGGGCCCACACACCAUGUGACGCACAUAGCGGAUCCGCGUGUGUGUCCGGCGUACCGUGCUCCUCAUAUUCGGGCGUCCAGGCGAGAUGUUCGUCGUACCAGUCACUCUGCGACAUACGGUACUCCGCCCAGUCAGCCCGAGACCAGCAAUCACUGAUAUCGGAGUCCUGCGUACGAGAGCAAUGAGGAGGGCAGAAACGAGAUGUAAUCACAUGGAAUCGAUGGUAAGUUGACGAAUCAGCGCCUCACCGAUUGGUACUCAGCUGCCUCAGGAGAUGAGACCACAUCUGGACUCCUCACAGGAACCUCCUGCUGAUCAGCUAUCUCGUGCUGCUGCUCGCCUAAUAUGGAGUCACUCCUAUCAGCAUUGUGGGGCAGCGAUGCGCCGUUUGACGUUGCAGUGAUGCCAAUCGAUGCAGGAAUGCCAGCAGGGGGAGACGGUAGGAUGGUGGGUCCUCGUGUGGGUGUGGGCUGGGCGUCAGUGGGAGCCGCACGCUGCUGCAACUGCUGCUGCUGCUGUUGGUGUGUCUGGGUGGGUGGCCUCCGCUGCUGCACAUCGCCAGGAGCACGCGAGAAAGCCCGUCCAGCCACACAGACACAGGGAGGGUCGCUGGCUGCACGGGGCGCCUGAAUACACACCCACAUCCACGCGGGAUAUCAUGACGACUGCUUUCUCUCCCUCUCUCUCUGUCUCUACGUGUAUAUGCACCUGGUCGAGGACGUCCCCAUGUUGAAUGUGGUAGUUGUCAGCCGUAUUAUCCCUGCCGCCGCGCCCGUCGUUGGCAUACUCCUCACGCAUCUCCCUUUCUCCAUACACAUUGCGGCCCGCACCAGGCCGACCCUCACCCAGACGCCGAUUCCCCUCUUCCCCCCUCUCGCGCACCACACGCCCGCAGCCAUUGCCAUUGCCGUAGCCGUCCUCCACAUCGCGACGACGAUACGCGGUCCGCUGCUCGUCGUCCUGACCACGAUACACCGUCGGCUGCUCACGCUCACGCCGGUCGCCAUUCUCAGACAUGUACACGGCGUCUCGGUUUGCGCGGGCGUGUCUGUUGUCGGGGCUGUUAUGGCGGUGUUGGGGUGGCUGGCUGUGGUGGUCCAUGUAGGUGUCGAGUUCGUCAUCGGUGUGUGCGGGAUCAAUUGUGUGCUGGUGCUGCUGCCGGUCUUGGGGGUGAGGGGGAUCUGAGAGAAGGGUGAAGGGCAUGUGCAUAUCACAUGUGUUUGCAUACAGACGUGUGCCGUGUGUGUUGUGUGUGCCUGUGUGCUGCCCACCUGCUGCGCGCGCGACGCGGUGGCGCGGGCCGAUAUGACAUCGGAUGUCACUCGAAAACUCCCCUGAAAACACGACAACCAGCACCAAUCAGGACGGCAUAAGCUCUUUCCCUCUUUCCCUCUCUCCCUCCCUCCCUCCCUUGCUUACCGAACCAGCCCUGCCACUUCCGCAAGCACUGCACCUGCGCCCUUGUGGCCGUCGAGUUGGGGUUCUCGAUCAUGCUGGCCGUCACCAUGUCCGACAGCACGUCCAGCACCACCGACGAGAUGCCUACCAGCAUCCGCCCCUCGUGAUGCGUGAAGUCGCGAAUGUCCGGGCACUCCUCCACCCACUGCCUCAAAUGGUUCAUCAGCAGGAUGCACGAAUGAAAGUCUGGCCGGCUGAGCUUCACUGCGUCGGUGAGCCGGUCCUCGUGUGCGGGAAUGCUUGAGAUGGGCGGGCCGAAAUCGCCGGGCCGGUUGGCUGUCGUUGGACGGCGGUGGUGGUGGCUGCGCCUGGGUGCCUCGGGGACGGUGUCGCGGUCAAGCUCUGGGUCACCUGGUAUUCGAAACAUGCAUGCACGUGUGUGUUUCUGUGCGUGUGUUCGGUGUGUGCAUGCGCGGGUCUCACGUGAGUGUCGGGUAUCGCGGUGUCGCUUUCGCGAUCGGUCUCGCUCGUCGUCGAAGCCAGAACGCCCCCCUGUGCACACAGAGGCAACAGAUACAACGACAGGCACACAUGCACCCAGAUCUAUUUCCCUUGCUUCAUCUUCUUUGCUCACUCACCUCUUCGCACGCCGGCUUCGCGUCUGUGCACCUCCGGGCUCCCAGCCACCUCAUCACAGCCGUUCUCCACACCUGUGCCAUCUACAUCGUCGCGGCGGUGGCGUAUGUGGCUGUUCGCAUGCACGUCGGACCGCGAGUCGUCGUAGCGCUGUGAGCUAUGCAUCCUCUCCUCCGCCACGGCAAUUUUUUCCGCGCGGGACGGACAGAAGAGAUCACAGACGAACUUCAAGAAGGUACUUCAAGAAGGGAGAGAAUGGGGGGUGGACCAUGGGGAAUGGACACUGAAAGAGUACGUCGCUCGCUCAGCACAGCGAAACUCAUCAUCACAGAACCAAAUGCGCGUAUCCUGCG